AUGGCGAGUGGUACCCGAGUGGCGGUCUCACAGAUUUUGCGAAACAAAGACGACACAGGUGACGAAGAAGAUGAACCUAAAAAGAAAUCUCGUGAGGAUUGGAGGAAGGCUAAAGAGUUAGAAGAAGCUCGGAAAGCCGGAACAGCCCCCGCUGCUGUUGAUGAAACAGGAAAGGACAUUAACCCUCACAUACCUCAGUACAUUUCAUCUGCACCGUGGUAUUAUGGAACGGCAGGCCCAACUCUUAAACAUCAACGGCCUCAAGAGGACAGAGAAGCGGAGUUCACUAAACUUGACACAUAUUACAAUAAAGGAGUCACUGGUUACGCAGCCACCAAGUAUAGAAAGGGAGCCUGCGAGAACUGUGGUGCGAUGACACACAAGAAGAAGGAUUGUUUAGAGAGACCUAGAAAGAUCGGUGCAAAAUUCAGUAACGUCGGCAUAGCUCCGGAUGAGUUCAGUCAACCGAAUCUAAAUCUGAGUUACGAUGGAAAGAGGGAUCGAUGGAACGGAUACAACCCAGAACAACACAAGGCUAUUAUAGAAGAAUAUCAGAAAGUUGAAGAUGCUAAGAGGGAAUUAAGAGCGGAGAAACUUGAACAAGACCCGACAGCAACCGAGGAAGAUGACUUGGAGGGUGAAGAUGAAGAUAAAUAUGUUGAUGAAGUGGACAUGCCCGGGACUAAAGUGGAUUCUAAACAACGUAUAACAGUUCGUAAUCUUCGUAUUCGUGAGGACACAGCCAAGUAUUUGCGAAAUUUGGACCUCAAUUCGGCUUACUACGACCCGAAGACGCGUUCAAUGAGAGAUAAUCCUAAUCCGAAUGGUGACGAGUCAGAGUACGCUGGUGAGAACUUCGUCCGUUUUAGUGGAGACACUCGUUCCCACGCAGCCGCCCAGUUGUUCGCGUGGGACGCUCACCACAGAGGUUUAGAUGUACAUCUGUUGGCUGAACCAACCAAGUUACAACUGCUCCAAAAAGAAUAUGACGCGAAGAAGGAACAGUUCAAAACACAGGUGAAACAAUCAGUGUUGGACAAGUACGGUGGUGAAGAGCAUCUAAAAGCUCCUCCAAAAGAACUACUCUUGGCUCAAAGUGAAGUGUUUCUUCGAUACAACAGAGAUGGCACAUUGGCUUCAGAUGUUGAAAAACAAUUGGCCAAGAGCAAAUAUGAAGAAGAUGUUUUGAUCAACAAUCACACAAGUGUGUGGGGCUCUUAUUGGAGGGACGGACAGUGGGGAUAUAAGUGUUGCCACUCCUUCAUAAAGAUGUCUUACUGUGUUGGCGAAGCAGGAAAAUCUGUUGUGUCUGGACAUAUUGUAGAUAUUCAAGAUACUGAGAAGAGUUCGGGAAAUAAAAAAGACAAAGAAGAAAAAAUCGUAAAAUCAGCAUCAGAAACGGACUCAGAAAGCAGUUCGUCUUCAUCAGAAGAAGAAAUAAGAAGUAAAACAGAAAAAACAAGCAAAAAGAAGAAAAAUAAGAAGAAAAUUAAGAAGAAGAAGAAGAAGGAACAGAAAGAAGAUAAGAACGAAGAUAAGUUGAAGAAGGCUCUUGAAAUGGAAGAAAGAAAUCAGCGUAAUGCUGAUCGUCUUUUAUCAAUGGAUGAAAGGAAGCGUCCCUACAACAGUAUGUUUGAUGUGAAGGAGCCGAGCCAAGAUGAACUGGAAGCUUACAUGAUGAAGAGGAAACGAGACGAAGAUCCAAUGUUACAGUUCAUGAAUUAA